AUGGAGAAAACAAAGUCGAGGAAACCUCAUGCGAUGAUGAUACCAUACCCACUUCAAGGCCAUGUCAUCCCUUUUGUACACUUAGCCAUUAAACUCGCUUCUCAUGGCUUCACCAUUACUUUCGUUAACACCGAAUCCAUCCACCAUCACAUCUCCACCGCUCGCCAAGGAGACGCCGGAGAUAUCUUCUCCGCCGCCCGAAGCUCUGGCCAGCUCGACAUACGUUACACCACCGUUAGUGACGGUUUCCCUUUGGGGUUUGACCGAUCGCUUAACCAUGAUCAAUUCUUCGAAGGCAUUCUCCACGUCUUCCCUGCCCAUGUUGAUGACCUCAUCGCCAAAAUCUCCCGACGGGGUGAUGAUCCUCCGGUGACUUGCUUGAUCGCCGACACGUUUUACGUCUGGUCAUCUAUGAUUUGCGAUAAGCAUGACCUCGUUAAUGUCUCGUUUUGGACCGAACCUGCCUUGGUCCUCAAUCUCUAUUAUCACUUGGAUCUCCUCAUAUCCAACGGUCAUUUCAAAUCUCUCGAUAAUCGUGAAGAUGUGAUCGAUUACGUACCAGGAGUAGAGGCAAUAGACCCAAAGGACUUGAUGUCAUAUCUUCAAGUGAGCGACAAAGACGUAGACACAAACACAGUGGUCUACAGAAUAAUAUUCAAGGCUUUCAAAGACGUCAAGAGAGCCGAUUUCGUCUUAUGCAACACCAUACAAGAGCUCGAACCAGACUCUCUCUCGGCUCUACAAGCCAAACAACCGGUUUACGCAAUCGGUCCGGUUUUCUCAACUCAAUCGGUUGUCCCCACGAGCCUAUGGGCCGAGUCAGAUUGUACAGAGUGGCUCACGGGCAAGCCCGCCGGGUCGGUCCUCUACGUUUCGUUCGGUAGCUAUGCACAUGUUGGUAAGAAAGAGAUCGUUGAGAUAGCCCAUGGGCUUUUACUAAGUGGGCUUAGUUUCAUUUGGGUUUUACGUCCCGAUAUAGUUGGAUCCGAUGUACCGGAUUUUCUUCCGGCCGGGUUUGUAGACCAAGCCCAAGGACGAGGCCUUUUGGUCCAGUGGUGCUCUCAGAUGGCAGUGAUCUCAAACCCGGUUAUCGGAGGGUUUUUAACACAUUGUGGAUGGAAUUCGAUUCUAGAGAGCGUUUGGUCCGGUUUGCCUUUGUUGUGUUAUCCGCUUUUGACCGAUCAGUUCACGAAUAGGAAGCUUGUGGUUGAUGACUGGCGCAUUGGGAUUAACCUUUGUGAGAAGAAGACGGUCACAAGGGAACAAGUCUCGGCUAAUGUUAGAAAGUUGAUGAUGAACGGAGAAACUUCAAGUGAGCUUAGAAACAACGUUGGAAAGGUUAAACGUCAUUUGAAAGAUGCUGUUACAGCCGUUGGAUCUUCGGAGACGAACUUUAACUCGUUCGUUGGUGAGGUUCGAGAUAAAAUAGAAACUAAAUUAUGUAAUAUUAUAAGUAGGUGA